CCAUUAUCCCCCCCGCACUCCCACACCGCGCUGCUCGCAACAAUUCCUUAUUUCCAUCACAAGAGAACAAUUUUCCAUAUAUAUUUCCAUCCCGUUGCUGCUUGAGCUUAACUACCAGUAGUACAACCAACACCCAGCGCUGCUGCGUGUAAAUUUGUACUGCUGGCGUCGAUCGAGUCGUCGGCCAAUUGGUUAUUCGGGGGGGCAGAGCAUCCGCCCACGCCCAAUCAUCCGCCCCCAAUCCCCAAAAGCACCCACCCCUCGCGUCGCGCGGUCGCGAGAUCCCACGCGCACUACCCCUCCGCGGCGCGGAUUCUCUCCUCCCCUCCCGCGGCGGCCCCAGGGCCGGCGAGCUAGCAGCGAUGGACGGGGCGGCGAAGAAGAUGACGCGGACCAUCUCGCGGCAGCUCUCGUCGGGGGCGGCGAAGCUGUGGCGCCAGCUAUCGCUGGACCCGCACACCCCGCGGCGCGGCGGCGGGCCGGGGGGCGUCGGGGCGGGGCCGACGCGGUUCGCGAUCGCGAGGCAGUCGUCGCUCGACCCGACGCCGCGGGGUGGGCCGGACGGGUCGUCGGCGCACCAGCAGCUCGCGGUGCCGGAGAACCUGGACGCCACGAUGCGGCUGCUCUUCUCGGCGUGCCAGGGGGACGCAGGCGGGGUGGAGGAGCUGCUCAGGGGCGGGGUGGACGUCGACAGCAUCGACCUCGACGGGCGAACGGCGCUGCACAUCGCCGCAUGCGAGGGGCAGGGGGAGGUCGUGCGCCUGCUGCUCGACUGGAAGGCCAACAUCAACGCCCGCGACCGCUGGGGAAGCACGCCGGCGGCAGACGCAAAACAUUACGGCCAUUUUGAAGUAUAUAACCUUCUGAGAGCACGAGGAGCAAAAGUUCCGAAAACCAAAAAGACUCCAAUGGCCGUGUCAAAUCCUAAACAGGUUCCAGCGUAUGAGCUGAACCCACUUGAACUUGAGUUCCGAAGAGGGGAGGAGGUCACAAAGGGUACCUAUCUGGCGAAAUGGUAUGGCUCAAAAGUGUUUGUUAAGAUACUUGACAAAGACAGCUUCUCGGAUGCAGAUAGCAUAAAUGCAUUCGAACACGAGCUUACCUUACUUGAAAAAGCACGGCAUCCCAAUUUGGUCCAAUUUGUGGGAGCUGUCACACAAAAUGUACCAAUGAUGAUUGUUUCCGAGUACCAUCAGAAAGGUGAUUUAGCAAGUUAUCUUGAGAUCAAAGGUCGCCUGAAGCCUUACAAAGCUAUAAGAUUUGCUCUUGACAUUGCAAGGGGACUGAAUUAUCUCCACGAGUGCAAGCCUGAGCCAAUCAUUCAUGGCAAUUUGUCACCAAAAAACAUCGUGCGGGAUGAUGAAGGACAACUUAAGGUUGCUGGUUUUGGAUCACUGAGUUUGAUUAAAGUCUCCGGAGAUAAACUACAAAUGGCUCAGCCAACGACACAGCUAGACAGUGUAUACACUGCUCCAGAGAUGUACAGAAACGAACCAUUUGACAGAAGUGUAGAUGUAUUUGCAUUUGGUCUCGUUCUUUACGAGAUGAUCGAAGGUACUCCUUUUCACCCGAAGCCACAAGAGGAGGCAGCUAAGAUGAUUUGUUUGGAGGGGCUGAGACCACAAUUCAAGAAUAAACCCAAAUACUAUCCCAAUGAUGUGAAAGAGCUGAUUCAAGAAUGCUGGGAUCCAACGCCUUCUGUCAGGCCGACAUUCGCAGAGAUAAUUGUGCGGCUGAAUAAGAUACACGCAAGCUGUGCUAAGCCAGCUCGCUGGAGAGACACCUUCAAGCUUCCAUGGAAACAUGCUGAAGAAAGGUAGCUGUAAAGUUCCGCGAGGCCGUCAUCAAAGAUUUCCUCCUUUCCCUUUAGCAAAAUGUGAGUAAACAUGAGUGAGAAAUCCUGCCGAGUUACGGAAUAGAAGCCAGUUCCUUUUCAGGUUUUAUACGGUCCCGAAGGAGAAUGCAGUUUGUGUAGCCCGUAUGACUGUAUCUAGGCUUGUGCCUCCGGCCCAAUCUCUUCUGAGCUAUCUUCAUCCAAACGGGAAAAAAAACUGAUCAGUGUAUUAAGUUUCUGAAUAUUCAGCACGUACCACUUCCUUCUUAUGAACUACGGCACGUGAACGUUGUAAA